GUCUGUAGCUAACCUCACCCGGACUAACCAGAUCACUACUACUAGGUACCGUUGGGUAGUACCCUAUAACUACCAUGGAAUCCCAGGAUUUCAUAACUAAAUCACUACUUAUGAGUACUAUUAAGUAGAUUCCUAUCGCAUCAUGGAUACUAGUACCUGUGCUACUAUAGUACUAGUACUGCUAUGGCUCCACCUAUGCUGCCAGGCAUUGGGUUCUUUGAUUGCCCUGAUAGACGAAUACAGCACUGAUAUGGUACUAGCCAGUACUAUAACAUUUGCUAAUGUACUGCUAGCAGUAUGUAUAUGGCAAUGCAAGAAGGCUGGGUACCUCGUUUCCCCAAUGACAUGGUAUCAUUGGGCACUACUGGUAUUACUAGUGGUACUACAGGUAUUAACAGUUGUCUUGGAGGAAAGGGGUUGGGGUAUACUUAAUGCUUUAGUCAUCAGAUCGACAUAUCCCAUAUAUGGUAUAGUAGUGGUGAUACUUGGUAUACUAGGUGGUACCCUAUACUGCGGCUGGAAGUGUAACCUGUUCUGUAGACCAUUCUGCAAGAGUCAGUACAUUUGCUAUGGUAGUGCCAUAGUGGUAGCGUUAGUACUACUUAUAGUACUGGCCGUGACGGCUUCACUGAUGCGGUUUGUUGACGAAUAUAGUACUUACGCCGAUGAAGAACACAUUGAUGAAUAUGACGCAGGAGCCGAUAUUCGAACUAUUGGUUACCAUGGUAAAAUAUUAGUGCUGGUCACUCAAUGCUACACCAUGGCAAUGAUAUGGAAUACUGUACUAAGGCUGCCGUAUACAAUAUCGGAAGUAGUGUCACUGAUAGCAUCGGCGCUGGCAGUUGCUUCUAUAUUGGCAGUGGCAGUACCAAAUAAUAUGAAGUUACUCGAUAGGUGUUACCCUCUUCUAGCAGCUCAUCUAGUUUCCUUGGGAGUUACCUUAUACUGCCUAGAGUAUCAAAAGGCAUUCUACUGGCCCAAGGAUUACCAGUGCUUCGGGAUACUAGCAGCAGUAGUUAUACUGGUAGCAUUGGUACUGGUGGUAUUACAGUUUGUCAACGAACCAAACAGUAAAGCUGCGGAAUACAUCCUUCUAGGCUACUCAAUAGUACUGAUGGUACCAGUAUUCUGGUAUGCCUACCGAUGUGGCCUGUUUACAUGGUGCCUCCCCAAGAAAAAAGGGUCUCGAGGCUACUGACACUGCUGAAAACAAGGCAGCAGGCACUGAUAUCACAAAGGAAUAAGAGUGGUGAGAAUGACUACAGUAAUACCAGUACCACCCUGAU